CUAGAGAGUGAGGAGUGGGCGUGGUCUAGAGAGUGAGGAGGUUGUUGUCCAUCAGUCAUCGUCUCGUCUUCCUUCCACACUAAAGACUUUGGACGAUCUGCGAUGGACCCGCCGGACGAUCAGUACUCUCUCCUCCAGGAGCUCCUGAACAUGAUCAACGAGAGCACGUACGACCCGAGCUACGUUCAGAGUGAAACUGUCAAGCUGUGUCCCAAGUUGUUGGUCAACGACUUUGGUUCCGACUUCAACCCGCCGUUCUACUACUUCAACUUCCUGCUGAGUUACCUGGGCAACGGCCUGGUGCUCUACAUCAUUUUCAAGUACGAGAAGCUCAACACGGUGACCAACAUCUUCCUGCUCAACCUGGUCUUGUCCAACAUCCUGUUCGCCUCCAGUCUGCCCUUCUGGGCCACCUACUUCCUGUCCCAGUGGGUCUUUGGCAGCGUUCUGUGCAAGAUGGUGAGCAGCGCCUACUUCAUCGGCUUCUACAGCUCCAUCCUCUUCCUCACGCUCAUGACCUUCGACCGCUACCUGGCGGUGGUGCACGCCGUGUCGGCCGCCAAGAGCCGCAAGAGGAGCUACGCCCUGGUUUCCUCGGCGGUGGUGUGGUGCGUCAGCAUCUUGGCCAGCCUGAAAGAGCUGGUGUUCCAGAACGUGUGGGACAAUCCCCCGUACGGCCUGGUCUGCGAGGAGACGGGCUACUCCAGGGAGACCAUGGACUUCUGGCGCCUGGUCAGCUACUACCAGCAGUUCUCCGUCUUCUUCCUGCUGCCGCUCCUCAUGGUGACGUACUGCUACGUCAGCAUCACCCUGCGCAUCAUGUCCACGCGCAUGAAGGAGAAGUGUCGCGCCGUCAAGCUCAUCUUCAUCAUCAUCUUCACCUUCUUCGUGUGCUGGACGCCCUACAACGUGGUCAUCCUGCUGCAGGCCGUGCACAGCUCCGGCGAGGAGAAGGACUGCGACGACUCCAACACGCUGGACUACGCCAUGUUCGUGACGCGCAACGUCGCCAACUUGUACUGCUGCAUCAGCCCCGUCUUCUACACCUUCGUGGGGAAGAAGUUUCAGAGCCACUUCAGGAGAAUCCUGGUGAAGAAGCUGCCGUGCCUGAGGAGACGCCUCAGCCUCAGCAGCUUCUCAACCAGGUCCUCCUCGCAGAAGACGCCGCACUCCGAGUACGAGUGCUAAGCAAGCGCAUGCUCGCGCUCUUGGUAGCGACGUACGCUAGCUGAUUGUGGCCUUCUUUAAAGGACACCCGGUAGUAACCACUAUUUUGCUUGCAAGGUUGUUUCAUGAUCCUUCAAUCUUACCGCUUAACACGUUUGAUGUUGCAAAUAUUACUCACACAUUUGUUUUGUGGCCAAUAAAGUCUUUUAUUUUUGGAGAAA